GAGGAACAUCAAAGACCCGAGGAGCUGUGCUGUUUUUGUUAGCUGUUGUGUGCAUGUUGCUGUUUGACAUGGACGAGUUCCCAGAUCUGCCACAGCCACAGCAUCCUGAGGGCCAUCACGACAGUACCUUGUUCCAUGCAGUGUACUAUGUCAUCUCAUCCCUGGGCCUGUCAGAUCACAAGAGUGGAGUUGUGUUGUUAUUCCUGGUGCUGUGUGCGAAUGUGGGGUACAGAAAUGCUUCCAAGCGACUGUCCUUAGAUGUGGGCGGAGCCAAGAGACUACAUAGCCUGUCCACUCUGCUGUCAGCUGGCCUGCUCUGUCCUUGGGCAUUCUUCCUGUCCUUCUACCAGACUGUAGACCACACGUGGCUGUCACUGGUCCUACCCUUUCUUGUGGUGGUGCUGUUUGUCUUUGUGCUGGAUUACUAUGUGGAGAGUAUCUGCACUAACAAGCUGGAGGCACCUAGAGUGGCCUGGGUUGGCAGUGUCAGUAUCUUUGUGGCUGCACUACUGCUCAGUACAGUAUGGGGGCAUCCUUACAGGAAAGGGUUGACCACCAUGAACAAAGAUGUAGUGGAGGUGCUGGGAUACGAGCACGCCAUGUCCGGUGGAGUUGUCCUGUCUGCUGUCAUCUUCAUGAUUGCCACUAAGAUCCUGUGCAGCCCUCCCUCCAAGACAAAAGGAAAUCUUGUUGGGUACAGCUCUGCCGGUCUGCCACUCUUUAACUUCACUGGGGAUGACCUCAGCCUCACGCAACAGUCCAUCAUGACCACUGUCAGGAACGGGCUGAGGCAGAUCCUGGAGGAAUACGACUCCAGGCAAAUCUUUUACUUCCUGUGUCUUAAUCUGGUGUUCACCUUUGUGGAGCUGACCUAUGGUGUGUGGACCAACAGUCUGGGUCUGAUCUCGGAUGGCUUCCACAUGCUGUUUGACUGCACAGCUCUGGUCAUGGGUCUGUACGCAGCUCUCAUGGCCAGGUGGAAGGCCACAAGGUUAUAUUCUUAUGGCUAUGGGCGGGUGGAGAUUUUGUCUGGUUUUGUGAAUGGAUUGUUCCUGGUGGUUAUAGCUGGUUCUGUUUUCACGGAGGCGAUCCAGAGGUUAUUUGAUCCACCAGACAUACAUCAUAUGGAGAGAUUACUGACUGUUUCUAUCCUGGGGCUUCUGGUAAACCUGGUUGGAAUAUUGGCCUUCAGUCAUGCACACAGCCAUGCGGCAGGCCAUGGACAUUCACACGACCAUGGACACUCCCACGACAAGAAGCAUGGUCACAGUCACGGUCAUUCUCAUGGACACAACCAUGGGCACAGCCACGCGGGAGGGGCUAAUGCUAACAUGAAAGGCAUUUGUCCUACCCAUUUUCUUCAUCGUGUAGGCAACCUACAAGGUGUGUUCCUGCACGUGCUGGCAGACACCCUGGGCAGUGUGGGAGUCAUCGUGUCCUCCCUUCUCAUCGAGCAGUUUGGCUGGCUGAUAGCAGACCCUAUCUGCUCCAUCUUCAUUGCCCUGAUGAUCUUUGCCAGCGUGAUGCCACUGUUGAAGGACUCUUCACUCAUACUGCUACUCAGGACUCCAGGGUGUAAAGAACAAGACAUAGCCGAAGCUUUGAACAAAGUGUUGUCGAUGGACGGAGUCUUGUCCUAUAGAGAUCCACAUUUCUGGCAGCACUCCUCCAGUGUGACCAUCGGUACCAUUCAUGUCCAGGUCACCCCAGAGACACCAGAUCAAAGGAUAGUCAGCCAAGUGUGUGCAGUUUUUAAGGAUAUAGGAGUGCAGAACCUGACAGUUCAGGUAGAGAAGGAUGAGUACUUCCUACACAUGUCAGGCUUGACUUCCAGCUACAGAGAAGUCCUGGAGAUGACCCAGCACAUGCACAGUGUCGGGCACCCCAGCGACGGCACAAAAACAAUCUGAACACAGUAACAUCUAGACUUGAUAGUGUGAUAUUUAAGACAUUUGCAAUUAAGCCUCUUUAUUUCAGUUUUUGUGUCACCUUCAACAAAAUGGUUUGAUAGUGUUAGAUAUAGGAAAAAGGUAACAAUCCUUAGCACUAGAUGUUCCUGCUUGACCCAACUGGAGGGGAAAGUCAAAGCAAGAAAUGCCAGCUCAAUGACAUAUAUAUAUGUAUGACAGGAAGAAUUUCUUUAAUAUGCAAUAUGACUUUAUUGCAGUACUAGCAUCAUUAUACAUUUGUAGAUAGCACUGCUGAAUAUGAUAAUGAAAAUAUCGUUUGUAUGAAUAUGUUUUUUAAAUUAUGUAUUCUAUGUUGAUAUGUAACUAUGUAUAAAGUGUAUGAAUAUGUACAUGUCUACCAGCAUGCGCUUACAUUAUUACUGUACAAAGUUAACCAUGUAUGGUGUGUUGGGUAAUAAAACUUGUAUAUGUGUCAGAAGGCUUGAGUCAUGAAGAAAUAGUGAAAACUUUUGUCCAAGAAAACUGUAUAAUGCACCAGUGUAAUACUUGCUCCAGCAGAUGUUAAUGAAAACUUAAUAUGCACUAUAACACAGUACCCAUUAGGUGAUUUUUCAUUUACAUGUACAAUGUAAUAUAUUAGUGUUAUGUAAAUAAGGUCCUUAUUUGUUUACGUUACUGAUAUUUGUUAAUAACCUAAGGUAUCUAUCACAGGUAUAAUAUUACAUCAUAAAUUAUGAAUUCCCAACAUCAACACCCUGUAAUAAAGUUUCUCAAUAUUAAAUGGUGCCUCAAUAGUAUGUGCCCUAAAUCAUAAAAAGCUCUUGUGUUAUCCUCCUCCAACAACAAAGUUUCCAACAAUAAUCGCCAUACGGUCCUGCUGGGGGCUACCAUGCUCAGCACUUCCUUUUCAUCCCAAACCCUAAAUCAAGGCUUCUCCACAAAUAACCUCCAAUUGCCUAGGAUACUGUAUAAACCCGCUUCAAGUUAACCUUCGUUUUCCCAACA